CCUCACUCUUUGUUCGUUCAUGUCUCCCUGCGCUUAGACCAUGAUGCACGGGUGGAUCCGCUGGAAAUGUUUCACGCUCCCUUGUCGUUUGUUAUCCCAUGCUUAGCAUUCCUUUACUUACACGAAGUAGUCUUUUCUUCUCUCGAUUUGUGCUACUUGAUCUACUCUCAUUCGUUAAUAUGGCACCAUCCCCCCUUGUUUUCAAGGCCCAACAUGUUACAUAUUCAUUAUUCGCUCUGUUCUAUUCACCCUACAUCUACAUUCUGUUAUCACUCAGUCUUCUCCUCCCAACUCAACUCUCUCGCUGUCGUCUUCUGUCUUCUGCUCUUUCUAUUACGAUCGCUUCCCUGAUCUCAUCGGGCCAGUGGGGAGAGUGAUCGGGCUGUGCCGACUUGCCGAUGUUGUGGUCUUUAUUCUGUACGCUCCUUUUAACUUCCAACGUCAACCAUGGGUACCAUCUUUCCCUCCAACAUCCAAGAUUUCUUGACGUUCCUUCCUAUCGCACCUCAGCCGGGUCCAGAUCCAUGGAUAGAGACGUCAACGACGGCCUAUACCGCCCAUAAUAUCCUGACCCCUCCUGCGGAUCGACCACUCCUCAGCCGACCAGACCCCAACUUCGUCCCCAGACUCACAGAGUUUCUUAAUUCGAGGGUCGCUGAACUCGGUAUUAGCGAUGUAUCUUGCCAGUCGAUGCUACAGGGUCUUGAGCUUAUGCGAAUAUUGGAACUCGAGGACGAAAACACCGUGAACGAGUAUGGCGAAUAUGUUACUAGAGCGAUAGACCCUAUCGUUCGCACCAUCGCCAACGCUGCCAAUCUCGGUGGCAGAUUCAAUCUACUCCGUGGCCAUGUCAAGAAAUUCGAAUAUUCGUCGAAGAGCGACUUUACUAUCACGUUUGUCCGAAAAAACGAGCAAGGCAUUGAACGUACCGCAACCUGCUCUGACGAGGACUUGGCCUACUCAGUACUACUUUCGAAGGCAGAGGAACUCAGCCGGCCGAUUUGUCUUGACGCCACUAAAAGGCAAGAAGGCGCCGCCGCCAUGGCUGUCAAGCUUGCGUUGCAGAUGAUUACAUCACGCGUAGAGUACGGUUUUUUGUUCGGCGGGUUCAUUGCAAUUGCCGCCCAGCUAGUCCGGUCUACGGAUGUUUCCCGCCCGGGACAUAUCCUACUUCUAUCACCUGCGUUCAAACUUUUCAGAGCGCCCCUUGUACAUCCUGACCCGAACAAAGCGCUCAACCAGUUUCAAGCUAACAUUCAACCGCAACCGUUCCUUGCUAUAGUCGUUGCCAUGAUUAUUUCCAAAUUGAUUCCUGGCCGCCGCGUCGCAGAUCCUCCUUCUAACCUCUUACGGCCUCAGCUAUUGGAGACAAUACAAGAUGCAGAGGAAGGCGAGCAGGGUGACGAAGAAGGUGGCCAUGACGGGGAUGAAGUAUAUCAAAGUGGUCUGCCAAAUGUUCUUUUACAAGUCUCAACCAAUACAAUGACAUUGCAACAUCCAUGGUUGCGGUCCAGCGACAUACACCGUAUUUCUGUCAGUCAACAUCCUGUUCAACCAUCUGUCGACAUACAGAAUACUCCGACAGCCAGCAGCGACUCCGGCUUUGUGAUGAAAUCCUUCCCGCUUUCCUUACUUCCACAGCCGUCGUUGUUACAGCUUUGCCGUAGUGCUCCUCGCAUUCUCUCGACAAGCCCUGACGUGGUAACGCUCGUAAGCCAGAUUCGGGCCAGUCGGUGGAGUACUGUGUGGGAGGACCGUGCUGACGACCGUGAGGAGCUGUUUAUCAUCAAGCUUGUGCCGGACGCUCACACAAACAUGAUUUGGCGAGAGUUCUACAUGUAUGAGGUGGUCCUGAAGGAAUGUUCUCUCGUCCCCAGAUUUUAUGGGAUGUUCCAAAGACCCGUCGGCGGUUGGUUUGCUUUCUGCCUUGAGGAUGUUGGGGACUGGAGAAAACGUAUGGCCUAGGCUGGUCUGAGGUAAAGAGGUCCGUGCCUAGGAUGCAAUGGCGCAAUUUUCUAGAGUCAGCGAAGCAAUUACAUUCAUUGGGUGUCUUGCAUGGUGAUCUUGAACCACGAAACGUGGCGCAAACCGCCGGGGGA